CGCGCGUCUCGACCAACGAGAGCGACGUUUGGAAGUCCCCGCGUCACCGUCUUCUGCUCGCCGCCGGUCUCAAGAUCUCCUCUGUUCGCCAUGUUCCCCUGCGCCAAGAUCAUGACUGCGUCUGCCCUGGUCCGGAGCGGCGUUCGCCUCUCGCUGGCGCGGCCGCUCUCCGCGUACGCCCUGGGCCGCCCCGAGAGCCGUGCCCUCGUGGCUGCACCGUCCGCCACGGGGAAGGUGGAGACGGCGCGCCGCGACUUCCAGACUAGCGCCGUCUCUCGUGACAUCGACACGGCCGCCAAGUUCAUUGGCGCCGGCGCCGCCACGGUCGGCGUGGCUGGGUCGGGCGCGGGUAUCGGCACGGUUUUCGGAAGCCUCAUCAUCGGCUAUGCCAGGAACCCGUCUCUCAAGCAGCAGCUCUUCUCCUACGCCAUCCUGGGCUUCGCGCUGUCCGAGGCCAUGGGGCUCUUCUGCCUCAUGGUGGCCUUCCUCAUCCUCUUCGCCAUGUGAAGACCCUGGGGCCCCACAACCCCGGUCCCCGUGCGACGUUCGUCAUUGGUGCUCCCCUCACGGCUGCUGCGGGGGGGUCGUGACCUUUCGACAGUUCCAGGGGUCCUCGCGACUCCGAUGUUUCGGGUCUUGGUUUCACCGCCCACAGCGCCGCUUGUGUAGUGAUGUCCGUCGCCGUCGUGGGGGUGUGUCCAGCAGUUUGUAAGAUAUGCGCCUCCGUAAAGGUCCCACUAAUAAAAUACAAUAAAAAAAAUGUGCAUUUGA